UUCAGUCUGCCCUGAAGAAGUCUUAUUAAAGACGAAAAUUUGGCAGAGUCGAUUUCCAGUUUUUGGAGUAGUGUAUUCAUUGUUCUGGUACGAGAUCGCGACAGUUUGGGCUUUUUGAUUCUAUUCCAAAUAACGUUGACACAUGUCUAAGGCUGAACUUAGGGCAGAUUUAUCACGAUUAGGUGGGAGAGUUGUAGUGUUUUACUCCAUAUUUGAACCGCUCGAUAAACUCACAUCGUAAACAGCGGAAACCUUAAUAACAACUUCUGAUCUGGGCCAAUCAAAAUAUCCAAGAGAAAGUUACUAAGUCAGUGGCCAAUCAGAGACUAUUAUAGGUUUUCCUGUGAAAGCCGUGACGUCACGGAACACGAUUAUCCCCUCCGUUGCGUAGACGCUACGAGAGGAUUUCGCGAGUCAGCGGCUACACGUAGGCUAUGUAUUUGUAUGGCCAAUGAACAGAGUUUGUUUAUGAAAAAACUCUACCAGAACAUGAUUUGGAUAGAAUCACAUGCGGAGUGAUGAGAUCUAUAGAUCGACAUUUGACAUUCUUUUUGUUAUAUGCGAAGUAAUGUACAUAGCAUUUAAAAUGCAAUAGAUUUACAUACAAUAUGGCAUAGAUAGAUUUAGUUUUAAUGAUCACUAGAUGUGUACAGAUAGAUACUCUAAAUAAGAGUAAAAUUUUAAUGUUGUUUUAUUAUGAGCAGUUCAAACCACCCACGAGAGCCUGCAAAGUCGAGUUUAUGUAUUCCAAUAUUUUAUAGAUUAUAAUUCGCAUUCUGCAGUACUGUAUGUGGAAGACAAAAACGGCAAAAACGGGUCUUCGUGUACGCGAGUUUCUGAUGCGAGAUGCUUUGUUAUGCUAAUUUUCUCGCAGGAUUUUAAUCUUGGUUUUACCCCGCACGCAGUGUUUCCUUUUAUGCAAACUCGAUUCAUAAAAAACAAACAAACAGAUAAUUCGAAAACACCUAUGAGUUGAACAUCAAGAGAGACGCAAGCGCGCCCUAGCGCACCCCAGAUCUAUAAAGAAUAUAGGCGAGGUGUGACGCGCGCUCUCGCUACACUUGCAUGUCAGGCAUGUAAAUAUUUGCUCAUAGAUCUGGGCAAGUUCGCAAUCAUUUGGUAAUAUUGCAAAGUUGAAAUGGUGCAAACGUACAAUACAGCACAAAUACAAACAAACAAUAGUGUUUCUCCUUUUCCAGGAUGUAAAAUAAUCAGUGUGAAACUGUCAACGCCGACAGAUCCACUCAACUUUGUAAUAAUUAGGGAGUUCUAUCAACAAGAAUAUAUCAAUUGAUCACUUUUACAUCGAUUACUUGAUUGGUAAUUAAGCAUAUUUCUAAUCAGAAAAACAGGAAUUAAGAAAAAAAAAAGAUCAUAUCAGAUACUGGUGAUGUCUCGGAAUUUAUCAUUGACAUUCGAGUGUUUUUGUUGUGACAAAGCGUUUCCGGAUAUAGACGAAGUGCUAGUUUCUCCCAACGUGUUGUAUUUGACCCUGGGUCCCUAGAGCACGUCCGUCCUGGAUUUGGUCUAGUGGCGAUGAACGGACGGCUUGGACUGUGGCCAUCAAAAACAGUGUGAACUUUUUCCACCAUUCAACUGUUUAAGGGAAAUUCCAUCUUGCUGAACAAUGGAAAGAAUUUAUACAAAGUCUCUUUUAGUGAUGUCAUGUUUCCUGGUCAUGGUAUCAGCACAGAACAUUUCAAGAUCUCCGCCAGGGAAUGAUACACAUGCAAAUAAAAAUAAGCAGUGUGCAGAAUUUGAGGUUUUUGUUCUUAAUGGCACUUUAAACAUCCCCUACACUGUGACGUGCUGCCUGUCCAUUGUCUUUGGUUUCUAUUUUGUUCUUGUUGGUUACAGAUGCUUUAAAGUCAGCUUGUUUCUCCUUGGCUUCAUAUUUGCAACCCUAGUCACCUUUGUCAUCAUCAACAAUCACACCACACUACCCAUCUGGGGCCUCAUCGCAGUAUCACUUGCUGUCGGACUCUUUUGUGGGCUUCUCACUACUUUUGUCACAUACUGUGGGCUGUUCCUGGGAGGAUUUGCAUUUGGGUUUUUCAUAGCACUUGCAGGGUUCUUUGUUGUAGAGUUUUUCUACCACAUAACCAUCAAGUGGAUACCUUUUGGCAUACUUCUUGGCUUAAGCCUUCUACUUGGACUCCUUACCCUCAGAUUCCAAAAGCCCUUGUUUAUCAUGGCGACGUCCAUGGUGGGCGGGGUCUUGUUGUGUGGAGGAAUAGACUACUUCAUGGAGGGGUACCUGCUGUUGGAGUACACAUGGCAUAGGAUUGUGGCUGGUCACCAGCUUAUUGAUCACUGCUGGAUUACUUGGGUGAUUCUUGGGAUAUGGCCCUUGUUUUUUGUAGCUGGAAUCAUUGUUCAAUUUGCUAAAACAGGAAGGAGAUAUAAUCACAGGGCAGGAAAAAAUUCAGUUUCCCUCCAAGGGGAGGACAAGGCUAUGAAGAGAUACAGAAGUCUGCAAAUGAAUGGUGAUGUGGUUGCAAAGAACUACUAUCAAGCAGAAGAAGCCAGGGGCACUUCAGUAUGAGCUACAUAUUAUUUUAAAAUAACGACAAGUACAAUUAUAGCUUAGUGUGUUCAGAACUCUGCAAGAACUGUACAAAAAUAAGUCCCAUGGUGUAAUUAGCUUUAGAUACAUGGCAGGACAGGAGUCAGGGCAUCAUCAACUGCCAUUUUUUGUGAACUGGAGAAUAAGCAGAAGGCAGCAUAUCGAAGGAAAACAAUGUAUGUGGUGCCAUUAACGCACAGCAACACUAUUUGUAGACACGUUUCAUUUGGAGUAUACCAUGUUUUUAAAGAAGGCCAACACCCCCACCAUGUUACACUCCUGCACAAUACAGAGUCACACAAGGCACCCGUUUCCAUUGGCUAAUUCAAUCAAGUACAUGUACCGUAAAUGAAUAAUGCCCAGGGCGUUUAUUUUCAAUUUCAAUUUCAAUGGUCCGAGGAGGGGGGGGGGUCGGGUUCAAUAGAUUGGAGGUGUUUAUUAGAGCGGGGCGUUCUUUACAAACUAGAACAAUAUAACAAAUCCAAGUAAAGUGGGGUUCUAGUAUCAGUCAGGAACACAUUAAAUUAUAGCCUGCAUAUCAAGCGUUUCUUGACUUUAAGCAAGCUGUACCCAUCAGAAGCCAAAUUCAGAUAAGGGUAAGGGGGGGGGGGUUUACAUAGAGGGGGGAGUUUGUUAGAGAGGGACAUUCAAUACAAACUUCAUUCAAUACAAACUUAGGGGGGGCAUUCAUUUGAUAGAAGGCGUUCUUUAGAUAGCAGGAGUUUAUUAGGAGUUUAUUAAUUACGGUAGUGCUUGAUCAAUAUUUUUUAUAUUCUUCAAAUCUAAAAGCAAAGCAUUUUAAGUUAUUUUUCUUGCUUAUUUUACUAAAAGGGUAUUGUUCUUUUAAUGAAAAGUCUCAAUCUGAAAUAGGGUCUCAUACUGUAUGUGAUUUAUCCACACAGAAAUGAAACAUUCAAUUAGCAUCAGGGUCCAAUAAUCAACAGAGCAUUAUUUAAAUUCAGUCAACUCAGUCAACAAUGUUGGCAAUAAUUGCACUACCUUGUUUAUAAGGAAAAGCCAUAUAAUGUGACCGGAAUUAUAUUGGUUUUAAUGUUGUUGUAUCUCUUGUUUUUUGUAGUACACAGGCUAUACUGGGUAUUUUAAAGAGUUUUGAUUGAUUGUUAAUAAAAGAUACUAAGCACUACACACCAUAGUGAAGGUUUCAAUUAUUGCAAUACAGCUAGUUACUCCUUAUACAUUUUCAAUUGAUCCUGUUCAUGUUGUUCAAAAGAUAUUUACAAGUAACAAAAGUCUGAAGUCUUUAAUUUCAUCACAUGAGGAAUUCUACCAUGUAGCUUAAUGCUAUUUGUAGAUUUCUUAGCCACUGUGUAUGGUUUCAAAUGCUUCUAUUUUGUACAUAAAGCUAUCUUUUAAUCAAAGAUCUCAUGCAAGGACUGGAUAUUUAAUCUUGUAAACAUUUUUAAGGACAAUGUUAAGGAGAUCAACUGUAGAUCAACUGUAUAUAAUAAAAUCAGAAAUUACAA